AUGGACGCCGACUAUCAUCGUGUAGUACAAGCAAACAGGCAAGUGAAGAAACCGCAAGAGUCAAGCGCGCCAGAAAGCAACUCGUCACGCCAAGAAGAAGACGAAGAAACGAAGGAUUCUGAUGAAUCAACUCCGCCUGUGUUUUGGCGUGCGAGUACGAGUGCCGUUGAAACAGCAGCGGAUUUAUCGGAUCCCUCAACAUUCGAGGCGGCAGUGGGCGGUCCUGACCAAGUGCACUGGCGAAAAGCAAUUCAUGCAGAGCUCGAGUCAAUGCGACUUUGCGGUGUGUUUCGUGCAGCCAAGCUGCCCAACGGACAACGUGCCAUUGGCACAAAGUGGGUGUUCAAGAUCAAGCGAAAAGCGGACGCUUCAAUCGAGAAGUACAAGGCACGACUUGUGGCCAAGGGCUUUCGCUUAAAGUAUGGAAUCGACUACACGGAGACGUUUUCGUCCGUGGUCAAAUAUGUGACGCUGCGAAUGGUGAUCGCAAUUUCCAAGCACUUUGGAUGGCCCCUCGACCAGCUCGAUGUGGUGACAGCUUUCCUGUAUGGCGUCAUGAAGGAACAAGUGUUCUGUUGA